GAAGAACCGAUUUCGAAAACAGUUACGAAAGAGGCUAUGAAUCACUUAAAAAUUUGAUUGUAGUUUUUGUAACACGAACAAAUUUGAUAUAAAGUGAGCCACCGAAUUAUAAAAAGUGGGACAUAGGGAAACAAUUAAAGAUGGUGUCGAUAUUCCUGGACACAGCCUAAGUAUGGCUCCAAGUAAAAAGGGCAAAGCGAAGGCCAACUCAGGCGGGUCAACUCAGUCAUCUGACUCUGUUAACAGCAGCUUCCCUUCAUGUAUUCGAUUCGUGCCUCCCUCCUCCGUCUCCAUCACCGUUCAUGCCAAGCCCGGCUCCAAAGUCUCCUCCAUCACAGAUUUCGACGAUGAGGCGCUGGGCGUGCAAAUCGAUGCUCCUGCAAAGGAUGGAGAAGCGAACGCGGCGCUCCUUGAUUACAUAAGCUCGGUUGUAGGAGUGAAAAGAAGGCAGGUGUCUAUUAGUUCCGGUUCUAAAUCAAGGGAUAAGGUUGUGAUUGUGGAGGAAGUGACUUUACAGGGUGUUUUUGAUGCUUUGGACAAAGUUUCCAAGUCCCAUUGAUGUAGGAAGGAGACCUGUGAUUUCCGUCCAUUAGCAUGACUCAGGAGUUCUUGUUUCUUAUCUCACUGCAGCCAAAACUGAUGCUGGUGUUGGGGAGUGUGAAUCUGUUUUGCCAGUAUUGGAUUUACACUACUGAUUCUCAGGAGACCAUAAAUUGUGAAUCCGACUGUUAAUUGCACUCAUUUUUGGAUUUAUAUUUAUAAAUCAAUAGUUUAUAAUUUGCUA